AUGUAAUAUGCAUCUGACAGUUUCUGAUGGUAAAGAGGGAAGCCCGGGAAUUAUCGAAACUGAUAAGAGAACCGAACGUUUCAGCAGGAAGGAAGCUUCCGGACCGAUCAUUUUAUAUAAAACUAGUCUCAUGACUCCCAUGAGAUCGACACAUUUGGUCGAAGAAACAAGUCGUUGCUCUGUUUAUUUAGUGGUUAGUGGUUUUGUACAUUGGGUUUACCUUCAAGUGUAAAAAGCAAUCACAACAUGUCCAACGAAAUAAAUGAUUCAGUACCCACGACACAGCUCUUCAAACUCAUUGCCGACACCACCGAAAUGAGCGUCCUGCUCAAGUCGAACCUUUCUCUAGACGACAAUAGCACCUCGGUGAAGGCCCAAUUAACCUUGUACGACGUGCUAAUACCAUCAAUCGGAGGCGUGAUAAUUCUCCUGAACUUGCUCGUGGUCAUUUCCAGCGGACUGAUAUUGAAAAAAGGGCAGCAGCCGCGAUCGACGUAUUUAUUUUUGGGCAAUGUGGCAAUGACGGAUUUGUUGACGGGAGUUGCCGUCGUCUUCGGACAGUUGUACCCGCGGGAGCACCGGGACCAUAAUAUUUGCGCUCUCCAGCUGGGUAUGAUAGUGUCGAGCACUCUAACUUCCGUGUAUUCGGUAGGGCUAAUAGCGAUAGAUCGAUUUUUGUAUAUUCUACACGGUCUGCAGUACCAGCAAUGGGUUUACCCUAUGAGAGCUAGAUUAUUAAUCGCAGGAACGUGGGUCAUAGGGUGUGUUAUCGGAUUCAUACCACUGUUCGGAUGGUACGGCGAUACCGACAACGGAAGAAUUUGCUGGUUUAUCCUGCUGGCACCCAGAGGCCUUAUACUUCUCACAGUCCUAGUCGGCAUAAUUCCAAUUAUCACAGUGUCGAUACUCUACUCCAUAAUUUUAUACCAUGCUAUCCAAAAAAUCAUCCAACUGAAAAAUUCCGGCAACCAGAACACAGAAUCCGGCACAAAAAACCUGCGAAUGUUUCGAGGAAGAGGGCCAUCUGUCGACAUCCCAAACGAAGAAAACUCAAACGAAACAACCGAAAAGAGCUUCUUCUCGAAAAUCUUCAAGAAGAAACCCUCUGCAAGCGUCAAGUCGCCCAACAAAUGGAAAGCUAUUAAAGUGGUGUUGUUUACGACGGGGAGCUUCAUCGUGACUUGGUUCCCGUUUUUCAUAGCGUCUAUCGUCUACAUUUAUCAGUGCGAAAAUAUCGACACUAAAAAAUGUAAGAAUCUCCGGAUUAUCAUCGCGAGUCCGUUGGCGAUUUUGGGUUUCACUAACAGUUUGAUAAAUCCGAUCAUUUAUGCGUGGUGGCAUAAGGGUUUCAGAACUUACGUGCAAAAGAGGGUUAGUACGGUGAUUAUGAGAACGCGGAGGAAGAACAAUUCCGUUAACGUUUCGAAUUCUAAUCCUAAUUCGAAAAGUACUUCGACGACAGGAAAUAGUAAAAACGUUGACAAAAUAGCUCCCGUCAAAGAGGAAGUGGAGAUUACUUUUUCGCAAUAGAAACGAAAGUAUUUUUUAUUAUUCUUCAGUAUUUAAGCUGUGAUAUGUCGUAGAAAUAAUUACUACAACCACAAAAUGCCAAAAUGUCUAUAUGAUCGUUACUGGUAAAGUUAUCGUUUUGAGAAAUAUAAUUUCUUUCUCUCUCUCUCUCUUUCAAUUACUCGUUCUAAUCUGAAUGACAUAGUCUUGAUACUGGAAUCUACACACUACUGUUUGUUUUUUAUUUGUAUAAAUAUUUUAAAUACCAGAUUUAAAAUCAACCAACAGGUGUUCGAUUAGUUUUAGUGCUGCAAUCGGCUGUGUUCUGUCGAACGUACUAAUGAAUGUUUGAAUCUAAUGACUGAUCAGUUACGUACAAGCGAGGGUGAAGGUAAACUUGAGUGUGUUAUAAUUUUCAUUUUUUUAACAAAAUUAGUUGCGACACAAAAUUCAAAUCAGGUUAGAACUUUUAUGGCUGCAACGGAAAUUUUUAAAAAUAUCUGUGUGACCUAAUCUGCCGAUUCUCUAAUAGUUGUAUUUUUAUAUCAAUAUAUCUAUUCAAUUCAUAAGCACUUUGUUUUUAACUAUAGUUACAUAUCGAAUACUACGUAAAAGCUUUAAAUGUAUACUGAGUAUACUGUAAUAUUAGCAAAUGUUUCACAUAUUUUAUAAAUAAUACAUUUUUGUAUACGGCUCUUGUAAUAAAUUUUUUUAUCAAAA